AUGCCUAGGAGUGUCAGUUAUGCUUUAACACUGUUCGCGAUCCUAUCCCUCCUUGCGCUGGCGACUGAUUCUGUCCUCGCCCGGGAAGCCAAUUGCUCGGGCUCAGACCAUCUCACCGUCCAAACCUCCACGGGCACAUACACGGGGCUCAUCGAUCCCAAGUUUCCAAAGACACGCCAAUUCCGCGCCAUUCCGUUUGCGAAGCCCCCCGUGCUAUCGCGCCGCUGGCUCCCGCCGCAGAAACUCUCGUCGCCUCCGAGCGAGUAUCACUAUGCAACGCGGUUCCCGCCAUCGUGCCCGCAGUUCGUGACGGCGGUUACUUCGCUGUGGAAUCAGAACCUGACCAAGGGCAACCUAAUCUAUAAUGGCCAUCAGAACGACUCGUCAGGGCUGGUGGGCGAGGCCACGUCCGAGGACUGCUUGUACCUGGCCAUAUGGACGCCAACGGCCGCGCCUAAUGCCACGCUCCCCGUCCUCUUCUUCAUGACAGGGGGUGGCUUCGAGAUUGGAGGUGUUGAUAUUCCGUGGCAGUUGCCAACGUCGUGGGUCGAGCGUUCGCAGUCUCACAUAGUCGUGACUAUCAACUACCGCCUUAGCAUAUUCGGCUUCCCCAACGCACGCGGGUUGGCGGACGGCGACCAGAACAUCGGCAUCCUCGACCAGCGGGUGGCACUUGAAUGGGUCCGCGACAACAUUGCCGCCUUUGGCGGUGACCCGAACCGCAUCACUCAUUGGGGGCAGUCUGCUGGGUCCAUUGCCGCGGAUUUCCAUGCCUAUGCUUUCUACCAGGAUCCUAUCGCCCAAGCCUACUUCCUGCAAUCGGGGUCGGCCUUGAUUAGCUCACCAUCUGAGGAUCUGAUGCAUUCUAACUUCAGCUUCGUAGCGCGCCAUGUUGGGUGCGAGGCCCCAUGCGGCGGCGACGAAGACGGCACGGCGGAGCUGGACUGCAUGCGUAGGGUACCAUUCGCGCAGAUUGUGAACUUUAUUGGACAGUACGGAGAUCAGGGUUCAACGCCCGCGCUGUCCUUUGGCGUGAUUGCGGAUGAUCGCAUCGUCUUCCAUGACUACAAGGGGCGGUCCGAGGCAGGCCAGAUCGCACGUGUGCCAUUCAUUAUCUCGACUGCGGCCAAUGAGUUUUCAUCGCUGGUCCCGUAUCCAGUGAAUAACCUCACUGCGGGCCCGUACCAGCCAGCAGUCACUGCCAGAGACAUUGCGUUGGGGGUAUGUCCAACAUUAAAUGCUACCGUAUACCGGAACCGGAUGGGCGAGGGGGUGCCCGUCUUCCGGUUCCAGCAUGCGGGCACGUUCCCCAAUUUGAAUUACUUCAAGUGGCUCGGCGCGUACCAUGCUAGCGACCUGCCGAUGGUCUUUGGGACGUAUGGGCUUCUGGAUGGCAUAGCAAAUACCACCAGCUUCGAAGUUGAGGUCAGUCAGUCCAUGCAGGACCAUAUUCUCGCGUUCGUCAAGGAUCCGUUCAAUGGCCCGCAGAAGACGAUGGGCUGGGAGCCGCUGGUUGCUAGUGAUCCGCAUGGUGGUGAUCUCAUCCGCUUCGGCGCUGACGGGAAAGUAUCGCAGCAUGUCGAUGGUGUCGAUGUGGAUGGAGCGUGUCUGGGAUUAGGAGAAUAUAAUCCAUUCCCGUGA